UCGUUAAGCCCCACGGCUUCCGCCCCGGCCCUCUGCGCAGCGAACCAAUGAGCUCCGCGGAUCGCCUGAGUGGCGGCCGAUCCGACCAAUAGGAACGCGGGGAAGGGCGAGGGGCGGAGCGAGUGCAGCGCGGAGCCGCCAUUUUGCGGCGGAGAAACGGCGGCGGUGGCGGCGGCGGAGAGCGGAGGGGCCGACAUCAGCCAUGGAAUAUGAACGCAGGGGGGGGUCGCGGUGACCGGACGGGGCCGUUAUGGGGCCGCCCCCCCCCCCCGAAAGCCCCCCGGGAGUGGGGGGGUCCCGCAGCCAAUCGCGGGAUCACGACUAUCGCGACAUGGAUUAUCGCGGCUACGGGGGACCCCCGGACGGAGCCCAAACGUCAGGGACCCCCCCCCAGCCCCCUUACGACUCUGCCGACCCCCCCCGGAAGCGGGACCCCCCCUCAGCCCCCCCGCUGCCCUUUGGGGCGGAUGGGGAUUACAGGGACCAGGACUACAGACCCGAGGCGGCCGAGGAGGAGCCCCGCGCCAGCACCAUCGUCAUGCUGCGAAUGCUGCCCCAGGCGGCCACCGAGAACGACAUCCGGGCUCUGCUGCAGGCUCAGGGGGUGCAGCCCAGGGAGGUGCGGCUGAUGCGCAACAAAUCCUCGGGUGAGUUUUUGGGUGGGGGGCACCCAUGG